AGCGCGCGUACAAGAACAACGCACAAUGAGGAGAGCGGGUAGCAGCGGCUGGCCAGCCACUGAGAAGAAAAGCGGAGCAGCAGACCCUUUCCGGAAGCCGGCUUCGCCGCACGAGUCGGCGACUCGCCGCUCGGCUGUUCUCCCGCACGGACAGAGCGACGCAGGCCGGCGUUGGUAGCGGACGGUCGCUCCUCACAGGUUGCCGAUUCUUCAUCCCACCGGCUGAGAGAGAACGGCGGCAAGCAGCGGUGCAGCAGCGGUUGUGGCGCAGAAGCGCCGGCGCGCGCGUGGCUCGCGCGUGCAUUCGCCUGCGUCGGAGCAUCCACGAACGACGCAGCUGUGCGGGCCGCUGCGCCGCCGCCGUCGUCGCCCAAGUGCCGCUCAAAAACAAGGUGAAGGCCGGAUCAGCACUCUCGACGACACUGCUGCAGCUGCUGCUCACCGACACAGCAGUCCUCCCGUGAUGCUCUGGUGCGCGGCGUCGUCAUGACGCAGCAGGACGUACCGCGCUGGGAGUCGCACGUUCUGUGCGUUCCCGGCGCCGCCGGCAUCGCAGCGCCGGAAGAAGGCUACAGCGGCGGCAGCGCAGGCGGCAGUUACAGCAGCGACUCCACCAGGCUGGAGUCGGCCUCAUCCAUCGGCGAAGAGGACUCCGACUCGGGGAGCUGGUGGUCCUACCCAUCCGAGUGCGGCUCUGUGGUUGAACUGAACAGAGCCGCCGCCGGAGUCACCAACGGCUUCGCCACCAACAAGCACCACGACCAUUCCGAAACGCAACCCAACUCCUCAUCGACAAAGCCUUCGAAUCAUGUCACUGCUCCAUCAGCGGUUCCCGCUGAUGCCGUUAUUGCAACCGCGGUCAUCUACACCGACGCCCACAGAAAAGGCCCCAGUUGUAAUCCCCGCGGAGGUGCAGUGAUAUUGCCUUCUUCGCCGGAGCGGGCUCCCAAGCCACGGUGUGUCAACGGCCGUGCGCGAAGUGUGAGCGACGACAACGCACAGGUUUACGACGUCGAUAAUCACGGAAGCACUGGUCAUGGACCGAACGCCAAAAAUCAGCAGUUUGAACCUGCGGCGUGUCGCGCCUCCGUCGCCGGCGGCGAAGGAUUGCCAACAGCUGACCACCACAACAAUCAGGUGAACGCCGGCAGCCACGCGAUUCCGAAACCGGUGGGCAAAGGCGUAAACAACGGCCGAGCCGCCGCGAUCCGCAAAAGCGCUCUCGCGACAGAGACCCGACACAGCGCGCCAUCUAUCGUGCGGCACGUCACAUUCAAAGACCUCUCAGCGUCAUCUGGUAGCGAAGACGAUGACUACUCGAGCGGGCAUGGCCGAAAUCGAAACUCUGCUAGUUACCAUGGGGACCAUCAACAGAACAACGCCGAGGCUGACCUGGAUGACUCGGGUUACUUGGACGGAGACAGCACUUCGAGUUCGAGCGACAUCUCGCCCCCCAGCAGUCUGAGCUGGGAGUCGGCGAUCGAUAGCUCGCGCAAGAGCCACGGCCGCUCGGCGGACCAGCAAUGCUUCGUCGACAGUGGCGGUGGCGGCAACAGAAACGGCACUCAUUCACCUCCCGGGCCUCGAUGUGAAAGCCGCGCAGGAGUGGCUGAAGAACGCCGGACCAAAAACAUGAACGGCAUGCACCGCGACAGCGACGGUAACUCGACGUUGAGCUUUGUGCAGACGGAGAUUUGUGUGUCACAGAGCGUGCGGCGCGAGGAUAGCUACGAGUACUACCGGAAUGGAACGCGCAUUGCCAAGCUCAACAACGUCAAUCAGACAUCGUGGAGUGAAACGAGUAGCACGGAAACUACGGAGCGAUGCACGCCCCUGGUGAAAAGCAGCGACGUCGAAAAAACCGUGGUUCGAGAGCAGACGACGCCGCAGCCGAAAGCGCGCCAAGCCGACGUUGCAGCCAAGACAAGUGCGCCGCCGCAGCCGACUCGUCGGGUGCUGCCCUCUGUGGACGGAGCGCGUAAGCGUCAACCGGAAGAGGCGAUUCAGAGGCGCCAAUCGGCAACGCGGGAAAGUGGGAAGCAGAAGAAAGAGAGCGCCGGCGGCAGUGGAGUAAGGAAUGUCGGCGGCAGCGUGAACCCAGCCGUCGUCUCCAGUGCGGCCAACGACGUCUGUCAGCAGCGCGAGUAUCAUCGCUGGAGGCAGCAGAAGACGCCGCCGAUUGCCGCGUACGACGACGAAGGCACGUCGUGCGACUUGGAAGACGACGAAGAGCUAGAAGGCAUUGAAAGUGAAUUUAUCGAAGAGGAGGAUGUGAGUUUUCACUUGGAAAGCCCGCCGGCCGCGCGCCACAACAAACAACGAGCGGGAACAGUGAGCGCGACAGCAACCUCGCGCGCCGUCGCGCGAUCCCGCGGCGGUAGCUCGACGGAACCCAGCCGCGCGUCCGCCCUGGCAUCAGUGCGGGCGCAGUCGCGUGAUCCGUUCCUUGCGCUGGCCGUAGCCACAGCGAAAGCAGCAACCACGGCGAGUGCUGAAGCGUCGCGCGAAAUCUACGCUGGGUGCAAGCAGUUCGCUCCUCCACCAGACCUGGACGUCGUAGUGCGCACUGCCUGCUCGGUCGGCGGCUCCGAAGAUGCCGUCGACCGGGCCAGGCACGCGCGAAGCCAGCCUGCGGACGACAUCGUCUCCGUCUCAUCGUCACCAGUCUACAAAACCUCAUCGGCGCGCUCUGACGUACGGCUGCCGACUCCCGUGCGCUACAAGGAGUUUUCGUCGCUACACCUCAAGAAGUCCAGCGGCAGCAGGGAACAUGUGAACGGUCAUCACAAAGAAGGUGACGUGUCUCCUCUUUUGGAACGCGAGCCGCUGCCCUGCGAGCAACGUUCAUUUCACGUUCAUUCGAAUAUUUUGCCAACUCGAGCUGACAGUUCGCCCCCGACAAGUUCGACGCCGUCCCCCGUGCUACUUGAAGAUCGUGUUCGUGUACUACAAACUCCCGUGAAGAGCAACGCUGUCAUCGUCGACAACAUUCCCGACUCUGAUGACUGCGAUGGGCCUGUCAUAACAAGUACGCCGAAAGUCAGCAACGGUCAUUGCAACAACAAAAGACCAGCUACUCUUCCUGUCAAUGGAAGAACGGGCCCAGUGUCUCAUCGCAAGCCGCCGCCCGUUCCUCAGCAGCAGAAACAACCAGCCUCGCAGCCGCUUCUCCGGCCACCCAAGCCAGUGCCCCCGCCCCGAUCCCGGUCUCCACUCGAUCCAGCCGAGCACCUCGAACGCAUCACGGGCUACGCGACGGCGCGGCGGCUGGCUCAGACGCUACCCAAACCUCAAGUGGAACUGCCCGAACCACACAUGUCGCCGGCUACUGGUCGCCUCGUGUCGUCGCGACGACGAUUCUUCGAGAACCUUCAGCGGCAGCAGGAGCAGCAGAAGCGCCCCAACGACGCGUCCGCUGCUCCGUGCACGACAGCCGAAGAGUCCGCGGAGCGACUGCUUGGAUUCCGCGCUAGCGCGCAGGCGGCGCGCGAGAAUCUCGCCAAGAGCUCGCCGGAUCUGGCGGCGCUCGAGGCGGACGCUUGGCGCAGCCGCAGGCUGCACGAUCGAUGGCCGCCUCCUUCAACGGAGUGUGCACCGCGGCAGGCGACAGGAUCUGAACCGAUCGCCGCAGUGCUGCCGCCCCGGAGCCCGGCGCCGGCGGUGCAUCCAGACAAGUUCAACCGGCUCGUCGAGCAGACGCGCAGCCGCUACGCGCGACGCCGCUGCGGACAGCCCGCGCACGAUGAACGCCGCCGCAGCAGGAGCCUCGGCUACCUCGAGACUGACGUGGACACGCUCUGUUGUCGCCAGGUGAAAGCAUCCACCUGCGCUGCCGAAGAAGACACCGGCCAGAACUGCAGUGACGGAGCUGACGACAAUUACUUGAACCGCACGCGCAGCAUGGACCGCUUCCUCGAGGACGGCACCGUGGGCUGCCCGCUGCUGGGCGACGAACAGCGAACCAAGUCCGAACACGAGCUCCGCAUCGAGCGCUCGCUCCAAAAGCUAGAGCUGCCCGAAUGGUACACGCGGCGCGCCAAGCAAGCCGAGACGGGCAUCCUGCGGUCGCGUCGCGACUCCGUCUCCUCUACGGGCCGAUCAGGCUGGCAAGGGCUGGGCAGCCGUACGCCUUCGACCGCGAGCCUGGCAGCCACCACUCCUGACAGCCGGAACCUGGUCAUCCCCAAGCGAGUGACAGCGCCAGACUGGCGAUGCUGGCAUGCGUCGCGCGAGUCCCUCACGUCCAGCCCCGGAUCGCACGAUGGAGGCGGUUCCCUCAGCCGCUGGGGAAGCGUGAGCAGUGCCCCUGCAGCGGCCUGGUCCUACCGAUCCAUGCGGCAGCCGUACCUCGGCUGGCGUGCCGCUCCCAGUACCGGUACCACGACUCCUCUGUCUUCCGCUGGUAGCCGACCUGUGUCUCCUGGAGGCGGCUGGACUACGCCGUCGGCUCUCGAGUACGCCCACCAGCAACAGCAGCAUCACCAGCAGCAGCUACAAGAACAGCAAGAGCACCGACAGCAGCACCAGCAAUCGGCGUCGCCGUGCAUUCCUCGGGACCGCUACUCAUACGUUCAAGGCAUCUACGGGGACGGUGGUGGUUGGAACGUGGAACGCGAGGACGAUUCGACGGCCGUCUGCGCCUCGGUGAUCAGUGACGUCGGUGUGCCAUCUACUUCGUCGAACGGUGCCGCCAGACCGGCCGUGUGGAUGGAGUCUUCUUUCGUGGGCUCCAAACCGGGCUCGACAUCGUCUGUGGUGGCCGCUCAGUCGCCCGCCGCGCCCGCGCUCGGUGAGUACGGUCGCAGUGUCGGCAUCACUCUGUGAGCGGCGACGCCUGUCCUCCCGUGCACCAUGCCAUCCGGGCCUCGCAUGGCAAGGUGCCACGGUUGUCCACCGUCACUAUCGAAAUUGUCGUGAUCGCUCUUGCUGUUUGGCCGAAAAGCUUGCAUUGAAAUUUGUCCGCGAUAACUGGCAAUCCCGAGCACGCGGUUUCCUACAUAUCGGGCUUGGCGUUCCGCAAAAGUAUCACGCUUACGAAACCUCUUGAAGCUGGAGCUCACUCACACCCUUUUGACUACUUGUUGCGGAAGUUCAUCCCUUUAUCUAAGAGCUCAUUUUGCUUGUUUGUAUUCCUUUUUUUUCAUUUUCCUGUGUGUGACCACGCGUACUAUAUGCUUCGAGUGUCGUAGCGUGGAUAAAAAUACUGUCUUCGUAAUGGCUGAAUAUGGAAUGGUUCGAUGCAUAAACUUGGUGCAUAGGCGUCUUGAAUAUUCGGCAGACAUGAUAAGCACGAGUGCCAUCACGUAGUCCAGCCUUGACAUCGGCCGUACGUUGAAUUGAAAUGCACCGUGUCGGACCACAAUCCUGUGCCUCCUUUUAGCUGAGGGCUUCCGGCUUGAAGAGGUUUUGCUUUUCUGCUGAGUGUUACAAUGUGAAAGCCAUGCUUGAGCAACGUUAGUGACUAUAGUCAGAAUAAAAAUUGUACUACAGCCCAUCAAAGACUGGGGUGUUGCAAUGCCGCAGUUUGAGAAGGAAUUCGAGCGUGCAACCUCCGCAUGACUAGAAUAUGGCAGACGCGUGUUGCAAACGCGGCAGCCUGUGCUGAACGCUCACGCUGUCGCAUUUUCGGCGUCUCAGUCAUUGACGGCUGUACAUCUGUGUUUCAUGUUGAAAGUGUGGCAAAAGUGCAGUGUUUAGCGCGGUCGAAUAAAACCUCGCCAUCUGCAUAUUGCA